UUUACGGCCGCGCGCGGAGCUGUGGAGGUCAGAGAAGGCGCUGUUCCAGUAGAAGCGGCAGCUCGACCACCCGGCAUUUCUGUUAUGAAUUUAUUGUAAAUAUUGUUAGGCGAACAGCGUUUGAAACCCUUGUUGGCGGAACCACGUAUUUUAAUAACAAAUGCGUGUCUUUUUGACUUCCGGCCUGUCGGAAUUCGUUGGAUAGCUAGCACUCUUAGCGCAGAGCGGGAGUUGAGGCGGCCGCUAGGCUAGCUACACCCUGCCGGCAGCGUUCGGCAGCUCUCAUAACGUCGGAGAGGACGUUUUCUUGUUGGUACUUUGUUUUUUUUUUCUAUUACUAUGGACAAUACGAAGGGGGCCGGCGGCGGCUCCAGAGGCGGACUCGGCGGUCUUUUUGGAGGCGUUUCCGAGUAUUCAAACAGUGAACUAGCCGGAGUGCCGCUGACUGGAAUGAGCCCCCUCUCCCCCUACCUGAAUGUAGACCCCAGGUACCUGACACAGGAGAGUGAUGAGUUCAUCCUGCCCACCGGUGCCAACAAGACCCGUGGUCGCUUUGAGCUGGCAUUCUUCACCAUCGGUGGUUGCUGUAUUACAGGUGCGGCAUUUGGAGCACUGAAUGGACUGCGCAUGGGCCUAGCGGAGACCCGGGACAUGGCUUGGUCUAAGCCUCGCAACGUGCAGAUCCUUAACCUGGUCACUCGGCAGGGAGCCACAUGGGCAAACACGUUGGGCUCUGUAGCCCUGCUGUACAGUGUGUUUGGGGUGGUGAUCGAGAAGGCUCGUGGAGCCGAGGAUGACCUCAAUACUGUGGCCGCUGGGACGUUGACAGGCAUGUUGUACAAAUCAACAGGUGGGCUCCGCGGGGCAGCACGGGGAGGCCUCGCAGGCCUGGCCAUAUCGGGACUUUAUGCUCUGUACAACAACUGGGACCACCUGAGGGGAGGCUCCCCAAGCCACUAUUGAGGCCACGCUCAUCCCAGCCUCGAACGCCAGCUCCACGAGGAAGAGGUGCUCUCUUGGCAUGGGGGACUGGUGUGUCCUGAAAGCCACAGGGUCUCCAGGCUGCCCAUCUCCCUCACCCGAGUUGGUCGAUCACACUGAUUUAUACUGGGGGUCACCUGAUGAGUAUCAGUUAUGCGUCAGUUCUUAACUGGAAAAUAGCAGACCCUGUAACCCUUAAGGACCACGGUCCCCACACAUGUAGGGGACUUUGUCUGGAUGUGAGACAUCUUCACAAGUAGCUGUCUGGAGACCCUGGCAGUAAUUGUUGUCUUUUGCCUCUAAGAUAAAAGUACAUGUAAAAACUGUAAUUUUCUUUUCACGGUGUGCUGAUGGGGGGGGGAGAUUCUUUUGAGAGAUGUUUUCAUGUGAGGAGGUGGAGGGUGUUCUUCACUGUUCAUGUUAAACUCAAGACCACCCAUUUGCUCGUAUGUUUGGAAGUGAAUACUGCUGGGUGCCAGCCCUGUUUUGGGUUUUUAGUUUUGCUAAACCAUUAUGUACUCAGUAUGCUUUUGAAUUUGUGUUCUGUGUCAUCCUGUUGAAAUUCUUCUGAAAUUAAAGGUUUAAAAAUAGAGCUGUUCUAAGGAGUAUGUUAACCAAGUAACUUUCAAGUAUCUUCUCUGCUGAUGGCACUCAGUGCUUCAGCUUAAAUCUUUCUAGGGCACUGAAGCAGUGCAUUUGUCAUUGUACGUUGCUGAUGAUCAUCAUGUUGCUAUUUUGGUCAACAUUCUUAACCUUCUUUCAUAGCAUCUUGGAGGGCUGGUAUUCAACAGUGUCUGUGUUGUGCAAUAAUGAUGGUGGACAGAGGGGAAAAAAAAUGUAUGUAGAUGAACUUUCUCUGACUGCUAACUCGAUUCUCUAGGAUAAAUUUUAAAGCGACAACUGGGGAGGGGAGGUGGAAAGGAUUUCAUUUUAGAUUAUAAUAGAUGAAUCUGAUUUAGUCACAUAAUUUACAUUUGUAUGUGGGUUUGAAAAAUGAAUUUAAACUGACAAUUUGGAUGUGAGCACUGUCACAGCUAUUUCUGGGCUCCAGUGUACAAAAAUGUGCAAUGUAUGGGUGAGGUAAGGGAUUAUACAGAAAUGAUAAAUCUUAACAUUGCAAGAAAAGCAUAGGGUUAUACUUUAAUGGAUCUAGAAUGUUGUUUAAAGCUUUUUGGUUACAGUAUGACAUGUCCCUUCCUCUUAGCUGUGUUUCAGAGGUCAACAUGUUUGUGAGCUGAGCUGAACUGGUUCUGUGACAUGAAUAAAGUUCAAAGUUUCUCAAUUA